AUGAUGGAGUCUCUUGAAGAUAUGGAUUUGGAGACAAGCCAAGCGAAUGAGUCUAAAGCCCACCCAGUCUUCUUCUCUCUAGACUAUCAGCAUGUCCAAGUGCCCUUUGAGAUUACCCUGUGGAUCAUGUUGGCUUCCUUGGCUAAAAUAGGUAUGUUUCUCCAGGCAGGGGUUGGUGGGCUGGGUAGUAGAGCAUCUGCUUCACGUGCAAAAGUUCCCAGGUUGAGGAUACGGAUUUAGAAGAAAAGACAAGCAAAUGCAUCUAAAGCCCAUCUAGUCUUCUUCUCUCUGGACUAUCAUCCAGUUAGGGAAGUGAGAGACUCAUACCUGCAACCACUAGAAGUCAGUGUUGACAAUAUGAAGCUAGACAGACCAUUGGUUUGACUUGGGAUAAGGCAGCUUUCUGUGUUAGUCCCAGGGAGUGGGUUGGGAUGGUGGAUAAAUUUGGUUUGGUUUGCACUGUAAUCUGAACAUACCUAAUACAAGCUUCCCAAAAGUAUAUGUGAGUUGAAAUGCAGCUGCACUUUGAAAUUCGCUGUAUUUUGUGACAUGGUUCUUCAGCCAGAUAAUGCGAACAAACGUGCAUAAUGUUAGGGGGAAGUGUUGCAGAAAAAUGCACAAGAUAGUGAAAGUACAAAAAGGCAUCAUAUUAGGUAUAACUGCUUGCAACAAGCUGUAUAUUAGGAUAAAUUCACACUAAUAUGCUGGUGAAUUUUCAUGAGGACUUAACAAAACGGUUUGCAAACUGAUGCGGAAAUGUGGAAAGCUGAAUUUAAGAUUGGAAAAAUGGAAGAAUUUUUUUAGAAAGUCUGAUCCAUUCAUCUCUAGGGGUGAGGUAUAUAUUACGAGUGUUUAUUGGGCACCAUGCCUCUUGCGGGUACCGUUUUGAAAUGCAUGUAGAGGCUUUUGUUUAACAGCAAUGCCAAAUGCCAAAACUGUACACCAGCGUCCUGUGAAACAAUCAAGAAAGUUCAAAGAAAUCAGACCACGUCCAAAUCUUUAUAGAGGCAUAUCAAUGAGUUAUUUUUAGCAAUAUAAACUGUGACAUAACAUAAUGCAUGGUUUAAAUUGUAAACAGUGCUUUUUUCUAGGGAAAAAAAGCACUGAUUGUAACACUUUGAAGCUCUUGUUUUGUCUGUACAGGGACUCUGCAACAGGCCUCUCUGAUUGCUAUCUGUCUAUAAAAAAAAUCCAACCUCCUCCAAUCCAUUUGUUUCCUUCAAGAACAAUAAAACAGCUGAAUCUUUCCAAUGAGACAGUAAGAAUCCCCCCAUUAAUGUAUUAUUCAGAUGCACAAAUUAGCUGGCUGCAUUGUGCAGCAGUAUGGAUGGAGGGCUUUAGAAGGCUGCAUUGAUGUUUUCCGUUCAUUUGAAGUAUGAAUGAUUCACGUACAUUUAAAUUGAAUUCUCCACAACUAAUAAAGCUGUCUCUGAUUACAAGCACUCAAAAGCUUUUUGGAACUGCAGACAAUAAACCCUGAGUAUAUAUAUUUUUUAAAAAAAGUUAAAUGUCUUUCUGAAAGAUUAUGUUGAGUUGACCACAUCAUAUAUUUUGCUUGGAAAAGUAUUUAAUGAGCAGCUGUUGAAAUCUAAAUACCUCUAGCUAUUUUUAAAGGUAGGGCUUGAUCCGAAAAUGCUUGGGAUACAGGAUUCUCCCCCCCCCCAUUGUGCGUCCCUUAAUUUUGAGGUGGCUAAGGGAUGUUUGUGUAUGUCCUUUCUUUCAUUCUAUAUAGCUUGGGCCCUGGUUAGCGAAAAGAUCUUAUGUCCCUUUGCAAACCCACCUGAAUGCUAAGAUUCUUGGGUUAGCACAUUCUCUUAAUCCCAUCCACCGCACGGUUGGCGGUGCCACAAGAAAAAAGUCAUUUCUCUGGCUGCUCCCGUAUCGUGGGAUUCCCUUCCAAGAGAUGUUAGACUGGCUCCCCCCUUGUUGUCUUUCCACCUGCAAGCUAAGACCUUCCUAUUCUGACAGGCAUUUGAAAACUAAGGUCCAGACAAUGCUGACCACUUAGGCUGCUGUCAGGACAAAGCGUAAUUUAAUUGCUGGUUAAUUAAUAAUGAUGGUCCUAUAUGUGUUUCAAUGCAUUUUAACAAUUGUUUUUAACGACCUUGUUUUUAUUACUUUGUAUUUUAUAAUGAUGUUUUUUUUUUUAAAUGUUGUAAGCUGCCUUGAAUCCCAGCUUGGGAGAAAGGCAGGAUAGAAUACAUUAAAUAAUAAUAAAUACAUUCUAAAAACUAUUUAGCUAAUGACCGCACUCUGCAGGAACACCACCUCCUGCCCCCCUCCCCCCCGCUUUCUGCAAUUCAGUUAAAGCUCUGAAGAAGACAUCACGAGGUAUCUCCUUCUUAGGGGCUUUUUUAGAUCAGGAAAAGUGGGCAGCUAGGGAGACUGCAGAAUGCUGGAGAAAUGCUUACUAGAAAGAAACACCUAGACAGUGUGUAUACACACCCAGAGGCAUAGCAAACCCAGGUGGUACGCAGUGCGGAAAUUUUUUUGUCAACCCCCCCCCCAAAUCGACAGCUCAGUGUAGGCUUGGGAGUCAUGGGCGGGUGCCAAAUGUCACCCCCUCAGCGAAGACACCUGGGGUGGUCCGCUCCCCCUUCCUACACCUCUGCGCCCCCACCCCCACGACUCCCAAGUACCCUGAGCCAUCGGGGAAAGGGGGGAGCGAUGCCGCUUUGCCAGGGUGCUGGCAAAGCUGCACAGCUCAUCCUCUCAGGAGCCACGGCUCCCGUGCAUCCCCCUCCCUCCCAAGAUACGAUACAAUAAUCUUUAUUAUCAUUGUCCCAUACAGAACAACGAAAUUGAAAAAUCUACAUAAAACAUUCAAAACCCAACAAGCCUGCUAUCCCAGCUAUCCCAACCUGGUUAGCCCCCUAAAAACUCUGAUACCCCAUUUUUAAAUACAAUAUACUCUCAUAGAGACUCCUUACACUGCGUUUAAAACCAAAAUCGCAUUUGGGUAGAAACUUUUUCUCAGGCGGCCCCCCUCCCAGCCUCCCUCCCUCCCUGGCUCGCUGUAAAGCUGCAAAGUAGGAGCCGCUUACGGAGAGCCAGGGAGGGGGGGGGCUGCCAGCUCACUGUAAGUGGCUCCUGCCGGUGGUGGAGGGACCCCCCCGCCAUCAGUACAGUGCAUGUGCGACGUUGCAACACACAGUGCAUGUGUGUGACACCACGCAUGCGCUGUACCUAGCGUUUUGUCACCGGCGCUGCCUGAGUGCCGUACGGACGGUGGUGGGAUCCUCUGCUUGCGGCUGCAGUGGCAACAGAGGGAUCCCACUGCCAUCCGUACGGUGGUCGGGUGGCGCCAGUGGCAGACCGCUAUCUACAGCUCAUGUGCGGCAUCGCUAUGUACAGCACAUGUGUGUGACACCACACAUGCGUUGUACAUAGUGGUUUGCUGCCGGUGCCACUUGAACGUCGUACAGAUGGACAGUGGUGGGAUCCUCUGCUCGCGGCUGCAGCCACGAAUGGAGGAUCCUCGACAUGCGGCUGUGGCGGUGCAAUGGCUGCUCGUGCCGACACACCCAGGCCGGGGUGGCAGGGCAAGCACCCCCACGGGGUGCCGUCUUGUAACCCCACAGACAUGGAACCAGGGGUGCACCGCCCCCCGCCCCGACCUUGCGACGCCACUGUACAGACCUAUUUACCCUGCAUCUACUGUGCUCCCACUGCUGGUUUGAAAAGAAGUGUGCACAUAAUUUUAGCCACAGUCCAUCUACCAUAGACAGCCACACUGCCCCCAGCCACCUUUAUGAUAAACUAAGCUUAAAAAAUGCACAUCCAUUGAAAUGAAACAAAUCAAAAGUCCCUUGAAAACGACACAAAAAUGAAAGUCUCUGAAUAAUCCCUACCAGCAUUUUAGUGCACAUUUCUCCUAAUAAUCACAAAUAACCACAUUUUUACUCAUGUGCACCUUUCCCCCCCAAGCAAUUUUCUCCACUUUACUGUAUGUGUUAUGUUCACCAAUAUCUUCAUUUUUAUGCACCGUCUCCCCUAACAUGCUUUUUUGUAAAUGUCAUUUGAAGAACUGCAUCACAAAAUUGGAGAAGUGCAAAUUUUGAAGGAUAGUAUUUGAUUUCCCAUAUUGUUUUGGAAAGUGGGAAUUUGAUAGGUUCAGCUUUAAUGCAUACUAGUUCUGACUCCAGCCCACCAGGUGAUUAGUUUCUGCUUCCUGACCCACAAUUCACACAACACUUGGCUUGGUGGAGACACAAGCACAUAAGCUGAAAUGACCACAAAGCAACAGAUGCUUCUGAUUUCCCACUAAUGUUGCCUCUUGACCUUUGCAGGUUUCCAUUUGUUUGAGAAACUACCUUCCGUUGUCCCCGAAAGCUGCUUAUUGAUUUUCGUGGGGCUUAUCAUGGGAGGGAUCAUUUAUGGCUUAAACGACAAAUCCCCUCCGGUCAUGGACAGUGACAUCUUCUUCCUCUACCUCCUGCCACCCAUUGUCCUGGAUGCUGGCUAUUUCAUGCCCAGUCGCCCCUUCUUUGAGAACAUUGGGACAAUCCUCCUAUAUGCUGUUGUGGGGACGAUAUGGAACGUCUUUGGAAUUGGAUUCUCACUCUAUGGGAUAUGCCAAGUGGACACCUUCCAGCUACGUGAUAUAUCUUUGCUUCAUAACCUCUUGUUCAGUAGCUUGAUUGCAGCUGUUGACCCUGUUGCUGUGCUGUCUGUGUUCGAAGAGAUACAUGUCAAUGAGAAGCUUCACAUUUUGGUAUUUGGAGAAUCUCUUCUCAAUGAUGCUGUGACAGUUGUAAGUAUGUCUUCUUGAGACCUUGAUGUACAUCAAAGUGCUGUUUCUAGGGUAGGGACGGGAAACCUCUGGGCCAUGUUCCAAAUGUGGCCCCCCAGGCCUUUUUAUCUGGCCCUCAAGUCUCUUCCCAAGUCUCACCCCUCUCCCCAGUCAAAUCAAUUCUCUACAGGCCACAUCCUUCACCAGACCUGCAUUGCACAUUGGACAUUUUUGCCUGCCUAGAUUGUUUCCUCAAAUUCUGAUAAUGCUUCAUGCUCGCUUGGAUGGAUGGAAUUUUUGUUGGUUGCUAGGAAAAAUAGGUAUAUAAAAGGAUAAUCCCCUGGAUGCCAAGAUCCAGGUUUGGGGCAAAUACUCUUUGAUGAGAGAACCCCAGCAGAGAUUUAAAAUCACAAAAUAUACAACAAAGUAAAGCGUGAAAAUUUGGCUGUUAGACCUUUAAAAUAGGCCCUUCUAAGUACCUUCCAAAGUUCCCCUCUUCCCCAACAUAGAAAAACACCACACAUUUGGUAAGUUAUUUUUUUAUAUAUAUACUUACAAAUUAUUCAAAGGUUAGGUUCAUGUGCUUUUCCAUAUGUCAGUCAGAAAACACAGGCAGUAACACUUGAGUUACUGUGCUGAAAGUUCUUAAAUUAUUGGUAUAGAAACACAAUAAAGGCAUAUUAGAGCCAUGCAGUCUGAGUUUGGAGCAACCAGCUCAGACCUCUUUACAUGCUGAGCUUCUCAACAACAGGCCUGAUUACCUUCCUCCCAAGGUGAGGGGGAGUGACCUAGCUAAGCUUGGCAGGACAGCUUACUCUAUGGCAUUAACCCCAUUCAUGUAUUAAUUAGACAUGCUGGAAACCCAGCCAAAGGGCUGGGGUAGAAAUAAGAAAUUAUUAUUAUUAUUAUUAUUAUUAUUAUUAAUGAGGCUGGUUAUCACACAAUUAUGUGUUGGUCAUUCAUUGAUGGCAUGUGAUGCACAACCUUAUUGAGGGCUGAGAGUCGGAAUGGAGUAGUGGUUGCAGUAGAACUUGGGAGGCAAAUGUUUGAACCCUUGCUCAGCAAUGGAACUCACUGAUUGGCCUUGGUCUCAGUCAUUGUGCCUCAUCCUAACUGAGUAGUGUGGUGGCAAAUACAGAAGUGCAGGGUCACUUCAUGAUAGUCACAGCCACACACCCCAGAGCCAUGCCCCUUUCUAAAAUUAUACCGCCCCUAAGACUUAUAAAGUCUUAUAAUCAUACAAUAAUAAUAAUUAGAGAAUGCAUUGCAGUGAUCAAUGCAGAUCUCCAUGUGUUGUCUUUCAGCCAGACCUACUAUUUUCUCUGUACAUAGAUGAGUAAAUGAUUUGAAGUGCUCCAAUAUCUUCUUUCAGAAUGACUUGUGUUUUCCUUGAAGUUCCAUUGCACAAAGUAUUUAUUGAAACUGAAGCACCUUGUGUUUUCAGUCUUCAUAAAUUCAUAGCUUUGAAGCACAGAGAACAACUCCUUGGUGCUCUUUCCACAUGCCUUCUCCAGAGUGACCCUGGGAGCCAAUCCUCAAUGGCCAACUAACUUGAUUUUAAUCUGAUGGACUCUAAGCAGCCCAAAGAGUGAGAAGACUUCUUCCCAGCGGUUAAAAAGCUCCCCCUUUAAGCUGAUUGGGCAGCUGUAAGAUGCUGGAGACAGGACCCUGCUGGGACCCUGCUGCAGAAAUAGUAAUGGGUCUUUGAUUACCUUCCUCCCGCACUGCACAACCCUAGACCACUACACCUCUGUCCUAGCCUACCUCUUAGAGUUGUUGGGAGGAUAAAAUGGUAUGGGGGAAGAACCAUAUACAUGGCCCCAAGCUGCUUGGAGUAGGAACAGGAUUGGAUAUGUGGAAAUCUGGAUAUGGUCAAUGCCUAGAUGGAAGACCGCUGGGAAUGUCUGUGUGCUGCAUACUGGGUUCUGCCAUGCCGGAAAUGCAAAAGAUAAAUGCAACACACCUAUGGAUUCAGUAAUCCUGCUUAGACCAAAUGUGAAAGGACCAGAAUAAUAAGCAAAAAUGGAGAUGAUUAAUUUGCCACAUGUUCCACUACAUGGGGGUCUCACCUUGUAAAGCUCUCUCUCUCCAUCUCUCUCCAUUAAAACCUUUCUGUUUUGUUCAUUUCUGUCUUCUUCUUAGGUCUUGUAUAAGCUGUUCAGGUCCUUCUGUGAAAUGCCAUCAAUUAAAACAGCGGAUGUGUUCGCAGGAAUUGGGAAGUUUUUUGUGGUCGGAAUCGGCGGAGUCCUGGUGGGCCUCCUGUUUGGCAUGAUAGCCGCCUUUACCACACGAUUCACCAAAAAUAUUCGUGUGAUCGAGCCCCUUUUUGUCUUCCUCUACAGUUACCUGUCCUAUCUCACAGCAGAAAUGUUCCACCUGUCUGGUAUUGUGGCGUAAGUAGAUUGAGGAACUUCAGAGUAUUUCAGGCUUGCAUGGCUCAGUGUUGAACCAAACUGGGCCUAAAGUGCAAGCUUUCAGAAGUAUCAGCAUUGUGGCUAGGAUUAUGAGGGUGGUGGCAGUGGAAAUCAGUGUGGUAAACAGAAAGUUUUGAGACAUUAGCCCAGGGACAAAAACCUAUUUGUUGUGGCUAUAUGAACAGACAGAAAUUGGGAUGUGAUUUCUUUCAAAUGUAGUCUGUCAGGGCUUAUCCACACUUACCUUUCCUCUGCGCUUUCCAGCUUGUGCUCUAAAGCUCCAUGUCCGAGCACCCCUUUAAUUGCUCCAGAGCUGAACUUAUGAAAACCUGCUCUUUAAAGCUGAACUGAAGAAAAUGGCAAUCUGUGGAAAAACCAAAUAGCUGUUUGCUCUGAUUCAGCUUUAGAGAGCAAGUUUUUGCAGGGACAUGUCUGGAGCAAAAAUUAAAGGGGCACUCAGACACAGAGCUUUAAAGUGGAGGCCUUAAAAUGCCUGAAAAGAGGUGGAUAACCCCUCAGUCCAUGUAUUGCAUUAUGAUUUGUGGUUUGGAAAGGGAAAGGAAUGGGAAGAGCCAUUGUUUUGUGGUAGAUCAUCUGCCUUGCAUGCAGAAGACUCCAGGUUCAAUUUCCAGCAUUUCUAGGUAGGGCUGGAAACCCUUGUAUGAAAUCAAACCACACAGGCAAAGGCACAGAACUUUGCAAGGCUCCGUUGAUCAGCUGACUGUUGGCCCUUGCAAAGCCCUAUGCCUUUGUGAGCGCCAGCAAUCAUAGCAGAACAUGCAAAGGCACAAGACUUUGCAAGUGGCAAUCGGCUGAUUGUUGGCACUUGUAAAGCCCUCCUGUGUGGCUUGGUGGCUUUCUGUGGGCUGGAGAUUCCCCACUGUUGCCUGAAGUGGAAAAGUGUGCGGAACUUUCUUUUAUUUUCUCUUUCAGAAUUAUUGCAUGCGCAAUGGGCAUGAAACGCUAUGUGGAGGCCAACAUUUCUCUGAAGUCCCACACGACCAUUAAAUACUUCAUGAAGAUGUGGAGCAGUGUUAGUGACACCCUCAUCUUCAUCUUCCUAGGAGUCUCCACCAUCGGUGACAAUCAUGAGUGGAGUUGGUCGUACAUUUGCUUCACAGUCAUUUUCUGUCUCCUUUGGAGAGCACUAGGUAUAGAGCCCUUGAAAGAUGGUAUAAGUUCAUGCAUGGAUCUGAUCACAAUUGCACAGUAUUUACAUAUGCAUCCCUGUAUCUACCCACCACCAGUGCUAUUUGUUCUGCUGGGAAGAAGAAUGCAAGCAUAGUGCAUAUAUAUGUGUAUGUGUUUGUAUUUUUAACAGUUAAUAGCAGCUUUUGGGGAGAUGCUUAGACUGGAGAAGUGGUAGAGGAGGAAAGGAUUAAAUAUCCUCUCCACCAGCCCUGGUGUUCCUUCCCCAGUCAAGCUUUGCAAUAAAGAAAAAGAAUUUCUAGAGGCAGGUCUCUAAGGCCCCAAGACAGGGCCUAGGGGCAGCAGAUGACUUCCUCCAGCAAGCACUCAAGUGCCACUGGGCCCUUUCAUAGUCAUCGGCUAGGGAGCCUCCUGUGGCUCCACUUCCUUUCUGAGAAAUGCAGAGCCUUAAAAUUGCAGUCCAGCAUGUUGCUGCCUGUCCAAAGAUUUUUUCACUGGGUAUGUUUUCUGUGUCAGCAAGCAGGGUUGGUGGAGUGUGCAGCUUUUAGGAAUGAGACUGUUAACCCCCUGAUAGAUUUGGAGGUCCAGGUUCAGGGCUUUCAUGCCUGGUUAUUGUCCAUUAGUGUUGGGCCUGGACUAUGUGUUGAGUCUUGUGUGUACUGCUUUCUGGGUCUCCAUCACUAGCCUCUUGUCCCCUGUGUCACUGCUGGAGUCAUUACAGAGCAUUGGGAUUGGCCUUUACUAGGGAUGUUGGAGAAUUCCAAUGGAAACAGGAGUAGAAACUGCUGAUGUUUUCUUAUUUGUCCCAUGUCCAGAACAUAGCUGUCAACUUUCAGAUUUGAAAAUAAGGGAUCAGCAGUCUCACCUGUCCCGGGGACAGUCUAAGGGGUAUCUAACAAUCCGGGAUAGCAGCGGGAAGCAGCGGGAAACAAUGCUGCAAUAAGGGAAUUUCCCGCAAAAAAAGGGGUCCAGAACGGACUGUUGUUGCUUUCAGUCUGCAAACAAUAUGUAAUUGAUUUCCUCCCACCAUUUGGAUUGUGUUUCCUUUGCAAUGAAAUUCAUGGGAUGGAAUAAUACGAUGACGAUGCUGUUAAUUCCAUCAGUUCCAUAACUUAUGUAAUGUAGUUUUCAGCAGAAGACAAACUGCAGUGAAACAUAAGCAACUCUGCAUGUGAGGAGUACAGAGUAGAUGAUGCCUAAACUUCACAAUUACCAGUUUAGUUCCCUUUCACUCCUGAUAACUUGCCAACUUACUUCAUCUGUUUUAGGAGUUCUUGUCCUGACUUUCAUCAUAAACAGAUCACAUGUCAACACCGUUACACCCAAGGACCAGUUCAUUAUUGCCUAUGGGGGGCUUAGAGGAGCCAUCUGUUUCUCCCUGGUUUUCUUGCUCCCUGACUAUCCGAGAAAGAAGCUCUUCAUUGCAGCAACCACUGUUGUGAUCCUCUUCACUGUGUUUGUACAGGUAAAAUGAAGGCUGUGACUGUAAUUCUCCUCUGAGUAGAUUUGUUAACUACUAUUGUAGUUUUCUCGUAGACUUGUAAACUACUAUUCUGAAGACAUCCUUCCAUGAAAUUUUCACACAGAUCUGAAUCUGGACACUCUCUCAACACACACGAUUAUUUAUUUAGAGCAAUUCAAAAACUGCUUAAUGAAAAUGAAAUCAAAUCUCUAAGUGGUGUGCUUAAAAUAAUGUAAAAUAGUAAUCAACAAAGCAAGCAAAAUCAACCAAGUUUAAAACUGAAAACUACCCGUAUUUUUCUCCCUAUAAGACGCACCAGACCAUAAGAUGCACCUAGUUUUUGGAGGAGGAAAACAAGAAAAAAAAUAUUCUGAAUCUCAGAAAGCAGCGAUCCCUCUUGUUGUUCUGGCUUCUGGGAUAGCUGCGCAGCCUGCAUUCGCUCCAUAAGACGCACACACACAUUUCCCCUUACUUUUUAGGAGGGAAAAAGUGAGUCUUAUAGAGCAAAAAAUACGGUAAAUUAUAAGUCAUGUUAGGCUUGCUGGAAUAAAAAGGGGACAACUGUUGUGAAGGAGUCAACACUGGAGGCACAGGACAUUUUUAGUCAGCACCAUGCACUUGUGUGCUUGCAUGGGCUGCUGGCAUCAGUUGGCAUUGCUACUUUGUCAGCAGCUGUGCAUAUUAUUGUGUGCUACCCAAUUCUCCUGCCAGUGAAAGACUCCAGGGGUUCCUAUGCUUACGCAAGGACUGAGGUGCCCCCUGCCUCCAUUGCCACUUUCCAAAAGCCAACAGCAAAGGUGGGCUGCUUUUGCCUCUCAUCUCAGCCAAUCCACAGGCAAGACAAUUGACUACCUUGAGAAAAUACCUGAAAAUGUGCAAAUGUGUACCAGCUGGUGCACAUUUGAAAUGAUUGCACUCUGCUUCCCCAUAUUACCCGUGGCUUUUCAAGAGAUAGCCUAGGCUUGCCGUAUUUCAAAAAGGAAGACCCCAAUUAUUAUUUUUUACAAAAACGCCAAUGAAACAUCAAUUCGGCCUUUGAAAUGUAUGGCAGCCCUAGGUUUGUCACUCCUACAGCAGAGGAUAUUGAGAGUUUCACCAGAAUUAAAUUUCUGGUUGCUGUUGACAGACAUACUUGUAAACUCCUGAGCAAGAUUCUAUGAUUCUAAGAAACUUUGCUCAAUUCGUGUCUUUUUGUGGCAUCAUGUGCCCUUAAUGGGGUGGAGAGGGGUGAGUGGAGGGGGGAAUAGCAUACAGUAUACUGUGCUGUAAAACAGAUAUAAUGUAUAUAUUUGCCUUGCACUGCCAUCUUGUGGCUAAACUACAUCCUUAAUUAUAGCACAUCUGGGACCUAAAUAUAUUUUUAAAUAUCUAACUUGAAACAGGAAAGUUGAAACUGGGUACUGGAUAGUCCCCCCCAAUAGCUUUAUUGAGUUUUUAAAAAUAUAUAUUUUAUUUUAUUAAAAUACAAAAUCAAGUGUAAAGCAAACUAGUAACAGAGAACUGGUAUGAUAUUCUGAAGCAGAAACAAAAAGGGGGCCAUAGACAUUGGAAAUGCAUUCCGGACUUUUGAUAUAAUAGAAAUUAUAUCAUAUGGUGCUGUUGCUGUUAUAUAGACUUGUUAUAAAUCCAAAUAACAACAUCAACAGCACCACCAUUAACAUGGAUAUCCUUUAUGGGAUGAGCUGCAUUUCCAGUUAAGCUUAGGUUUGUGAAACUAUGCACAUAUUCCUAUUUUAUUGUACUUUAUUCUACUGAGUUUCAAUAAUGACAGGCAGGUGCAUUACAAAGAAAUGGAACAAAAAUAGGUUUUUAAAAAAUAAAUAAAUAAGAUUAGUUGUCACAAUUCUCAAUAAAGAAAUAUAGUAUGCAACUAUGUAAUUUAAACACAGGGAUGUGUGGCGUACAAUUACAAAGGGCUCCAUGGUCUAAAGCAAAACUGUUUUUAAAAAUUCACUUUAAAAAAGAAUCUGAAAGCUGUACUAAAACCAGACAGGCACCCAGAGCUGUGGUACCUGAUGCUCCUGAGCCAAAGGGUUUGUAUAUAAUAUAACAUUAAAGCAAUUGGUAAAGAAGUGAUCUCGAACACUUUGGCCUACGGACACUGAGUUUACAUCAGAUUUCCCCCCCAAGAAGUGCUAUUUGCCAAAUCUUGGAAUACCAAUAGAAUGUAGGGUUUCCAUUUACAGUGGUGCCUCGCAAGACGAAAUUAAUUCGUUCUGUGAGUUUUUUGUCUAGCGAAUUUUUCGUCUUGCGAAGCACAAAAUCCCAUAGGAAUGCAUUGAAAUUCAUGGUCAAAAAAAGUCCAAACAAAGCCAAAUUUGGUACAACAAGAGUUUAUUAAGUGCUAUUUAAAGUCACACAUACUGUAAAGAGCAUUUCAAAAAUUGAAGGAACAAUAAAUUCAAAAAUUGAAGGAACAAUAAAAAUCAGAAAAAUUCAGAAAAAAACCACACAAGCUUCCAGAUUCUUGCAAACCCCUCCUCAACUGUUCCCCCAGCCACCCACCACACAGAAAUUCAAAUCCAGAUUUUUUUAAAAAAACAACAGCAGAGUGGCCCAAUGGUCACAAAAAAACAGAAAAAUGCAGAAAAAAACACAAGCUUCCAGAUUCUUGCAAACCCCUCCUCAACACCAAGUCCUUGAAUUCCAAACACCCCAACCCAAAAUCCAAAAACCCCCAAAAAAGUUUUAAAGUUUAACUUACCAAAUGGCUGCAAAAUAAGUUUUGGAAAAGCUUCAAAAAUCACCAAAGUCUUCAAAAACCUCAAAAAAGGCUACCACACCGCGUGCUAUGAGUUGCUCCUCGAAGUCAAGUCACAACUGCACCUCUUCAAGCAAUGCACCCUGGGUAUUAACAGUUUUAAGAAAAAGGAAACAAACUUGCAAGACGUUUUUGUCUUGCGAAGCAAGCCCAUAGGGAAAUUCGUCUUGCGAAGCAGCUCAAAAAACGCAAAACCCUUUCGUCUAGCGAGUUUUUCGUCUUGCGAGGCAUUCGUCUUGCGGGGCACCACUGUAUUAUGUUCACAAGCAAAGAGUCAUCACUGUAUAGCCCAUUUUACCGUGAUUUAUUUACACAUGACAUUAAUGUGAAUUCAAAUUUAACAUGCAGAUUUCAAACAGCAUUAGCUUGGGCUGAGGGUGGUAGCGAUUGGGAUUUUGGCAGGCAGGAAUCCACCCAGCACUCAUAGGAAAUUGUUGCAUGAUAAAAGUCUGUAAUUUUAUCAGGACAAGUUAUUUGUUAUUUACCGUUGUAACAAUUGUUUUCUCAAAAUUUGCUUUCUUAAAAUAAAUAAAAACAGUAAAAGAAAAAUAGUGGCAGCCCAUUUUAACUGAUGAGGGUGCAAAUUAAGGAUAGACGUCUUAUUUUUUUGAGGCUAUUUUAGUUCUGGCAUAUUAUACUAAACUAAGAAAGCAGGAAGAAAAUAUGAAGGUUGGCCUUACCUUCUGACUACGAGUGAUCAAUUUUGUUUGUUAAAUAUUCUGCCCCCUUCAGCAUCUCAAAGGGGCACCUGUGGUUUGUAAAGACAAAAUGUAAUUUUGCUUUAAUAAAUUCAUUUUAUUAUAUUGGGAGGAGAACCCCCAAAAGCUCUCCUUCCCUGCUGUGAUCCUAGGGGGGGGGGAACCUCCUUCUUUAGCUGGUAUUUAACUGGGUGAGAGCAGGGUUUUCUUCCCAGUGCAAAUAGCUCCUCAGGACUACAGCAGAAGUGAGAAGUGUUAAACCCCAUCUCUGUACCUGCUACAUUGCCAGUAAAGUUCAUCAUCCCAGAUGGUUCAGUUUACAUUACUGAAUCCUGCAUGUUAAAUGUAAAGACGCAUUGGUGUUGCAUCUACAUUUGGCCCACAGUUUCAUUCCUUGUUGAACCUCAUGACCUCCUUUAGUGGGCAAACCCCCAAAAGCUGAAUAGAAAGCCAUUAAGUGGAACCUGCAACAAAACGUUGUAGUGUUAAAUUCUCCUGCUUGGUGUGCCUCCUUACUGAACGCUCCAUUCCAAACCUCCAAACCCCGGGUUUUCUGCCCUCCUUCCCCAAAGUCAGCUGCAUUCUAUAACCAAGCAUGGCCAGCCCUCAUUUGCCUGUUUUUGUGUUUCUUCCACACCUUAGGACUCCAUCCUCACCACAAGAUCUUCUAUAUUACUUGUUAAUAUUGUAGUUUUCAGAGCCCACUGACAGGUUCCUCUUGUAGAUGGUGUCAUUUGGCUCCAUAAGCAACCGCACACACAACUGAACAUCAGAAACAGAGAGAAUGAUUUGCCCUGUGAUUGAUAUAGAUUUUGAAUGAAAUGUGCAAAUUCUCUCUCUCUCUCUCUCUCUCUCCCUCAUUCUUGUACUCUACGGCAGGGCAUGACCAUCCGUCCUCUUGUUGACUUGUUAGACGUCACCAGAGAGCAAGAAAGUGCUCCCACCGUGGGAGAACAAAUUCAUAUUCGGGUAAGUUCUCCUUUCUGGGAAAGCAAGGAUGUUUGGAAGAGGGCUAGUGGCUACCAGUCAUGAUAGCUGAGUACUCUCCCCACUCCUGGAGACAGUAUGCCUCUGGAUAUUAAUGAAUGGGGUGCAUAAGUUGGGAGAGAGUGCUGUUGUGCUCGUGUUCCAGGUAUCAGGCUUCCACUGUGAGAACCAGAACCUGGACUAGAUAGGUGUUUAGGCUGCUCCAGCAAGGCUUUAUGUAUUUAUACCACCUUGAACUCCUUGAAAGAAAGUAUAAUCGUAAAUGUAAGUGUAAUAGUAAUUUAUUUAUUUAUUUCAUUUUUAUCCCACCCUUUCCCCAGAAGGCGCUCAAGGUGGAGUACAUGGUUCUCAGCCUCCUAAUUUAAUCCCCACAUCAACCCUGUGAAAUAGGUUAGGCUGAGAGGCAGGGAUAGGACCUGCCCAAUAGUUUUUGGUGCCUGAGGUGAACCCCAAAAUGGUGGCCCCCCAACCUCCAGGGAAGAAGGGCCAAGUUAAUAUCUACAUGAGGAACAAGGGGUGGGACGGGACUAAAAAUCAGCAUCAGGAUAUGCUGCCCCUGUGGAUCCUGCCACCUGGGGUGGUUGCCUCACUUGGAGAUGCCAGGGAUCGAACCUGGGACCUUCUGCAUGCAUAGCAGCUGCUGUUCCACCGGAGCCCUUCCCUGGCAUUUCCUGCGGGUGGGGUGGGGUGGGGUGGGGACCCUGCAUACAUGGCAGCUGAGUAUGUGUCACAUUCAAAGUAAAUUCAGAAUCUACUUCUGCACAAGGUCUUAACUGGUGAUUAUGGUAUGACAUUCCAGAAAAGGAUGUUUGCGCGUCGAGGUCCCCCAGGCCACCCCAAUAACUCACACUUCACACAUCAAUUUUUCUUUAAGGUUUUUGGCAUGAAUUUGGCCACAACUUUAUUUAAAUACACACACGUGAAUGGUUGCUUAGGCAUUGGUUACGACUAUCUGUCCUUGCCCCAGGGACAGAACUGACUUCCAGAUUCCAGUGGAAGCCAGUAUGGGAGAACCAUAUGGGGAGAAAUGAAGCUGGGCAUCAGUCCCUCAUCUCUCACCCUCAUGCCCCCUGGGGCUUGCACGGCCCAAGUCCGAUGCCAGGGACUAGGACAAAAGGGAUGGCAAGCCUCUGGAUUCUUUUAACGGAAUUCCCUUUCAGCACCACCAUUGGAGGGGUAGGCACAGCCAAAUCCAUACCCCUCCACCAAUCAAUUUUAACCAAUGCCUAACCGCCAACCUUACAAGUUGUGACGAUUUGCUACGCAGUAGGCAAAAACCAAAUGGCAACAGCCCAUCAGCCAAAUGGACAAAAUUCCUACCAGGCCCCUGCCCCAAGGCAGACGACCCCAUGACAGGCAUAGCAAGGUCAGAGGACAACGAACCCCCCCACACUUUUCAGGGAGGGUGGGCGGGUGAUCCGGUGCACGCAGCCCAAGAGAAGGCCCCAGGCUGCGAGCCCUGUAUUCAAGACCUCUGACCCCUCCCACACUUUAGCAACAUAACAUUCUCCCCAGCAACACUCCUUGCCCAAUCACAGCAUGUGGCCAAUUUGCCCAACAACAGUGUGGUGGCCUUUUUGGCCCCCACCGCAACACGUGCUCUCUAUUAUGGAGAACACGCUUUACAACACUCUUAACUGAUGUAGUGCUUUUUGUUAUGUUUGUUUCCCUCUCCCACCACCAGUUUUUUAUAUAUUUAAUAAGUGCACAAAAUUGAGCAUUUUAAGGAAAGGCAGUUGAGAAGAUAUCUACCAGUGGAGGAUUAAAUGGGAAGCUAUAUAGGCAAAUUUCCUUUUUAAAAAAAUUGCAGUUGUCGCCAGUGGCGUAGCGUGGGUUGUCAGCACCCGGGGCAAGGCAAGUAAUUUGCGCCCCCUAACCCGUGGAUUUUAGCAGGGGGCAGAGAGCUGCGAGUGUGAGCGCACCCCCCCAGAUGUUGCACCCGGUGUGGCCGCCCCCCCGCACCCCCACGCUACGCCACUGGUUGUCUCCUUUGCCAAAAAUGUGGUGUUGUUUUAUCUGUGGGCUGAUAAAAGUGUGGGCUGAUAAAACUGUGGGCUGUGGGCUGUCUCUUAGAGUGCAUACUUUAUGCAACAGCAAUACAGUUUAUGUAGCAAAAUCCUCUCUCUCUCUCUCUCUCUCUCAUUUAGUUCUUGGAUCAUUUAUUGGCUGGCAUAGAAGAUAUAUCAGGACACUGGGGACAGUAUUAUUGGAAAGACAAGUAAGGAUUUGAUAACAAUACAAGUCUCUACAUGUGUAAGUGUAAGAAAUAAAAUCCACAAGCCUGAUUUCUGUUUUCACAAAGUCCCUGCUAGGGGUGGCUCAGCGCUGCUUGAUGGCUGCACCACAAAAUGGGACAGCUUUUCCCUUUUCUUCCUCUUUUUCUUUCAACAUGAAACACAAGACUCGAUUGUUUGGAAGAUAAGUUUCUUUACAAAAGAAAAGAGUUUCCCCAUUGCUAGGUGUUGCUCACCCUCUGAGCAUUAGAACAUUUUUCACAGUGGCACCAUCAAAGAGUCAGUAAAAAAGAUUCUUCAAAGCCAAGAUGGUUAUUGCAGAUGGGUUUCUUCCACACUUUCAGGAUAAAAUACCAAUUUCCUUCACUGGGUUUAGGAGAACUAAUUCCUUUUAAACAAGGGAGGAGGACUGCAUGCAUGGGGAUCAAAUAUGGCCCUCCAGGUCUCUCUCUGUUUGACCCCAUGUGAACCUUCCUUGGUCACACCCUAUUUUCAGCCACACCCUCUUUCCUAGGCCAUGCCCCUCAUCAGGCCUACUUAAUCACAGAAUCACAGUUUUAUAGAGUUGGAAGGGACCAUGAGGGACAUCUAGCCCAUCCCCCUGCAAUGCAGGAAUCUUUUGCCUAAUGUGAGGCUUGAACCCACAACCCUGAGAUUAAGAGCCUGAUCUGUCCUUCAGCUCCAUCUCCUUGAGUGUUUUUGCCUGGCUGGGAUGUGUCAUUGAAUUCUGGUAACACUUCUUGCUGGCCUGAAUGGAGGGUAGAGAGGGAUGCAUGGACAAAGAAAUUAGCCUUCUGCACAUAGGUGAAAUUCUCAUUUUUUGCUCUGUCCACACUUUGCCUCUGGUCGCACCCAACACUGUCAUGGGGCCUUGGAAGGUUGCCCAAAAAGGAAUGCAGCUUGCCAGCCUGUGCUGCUCCUUGCCACUUUGGUUUCUUGAGCCUGAGACAGAGGGAAGGGCUUGGGUUCAGGUGGAAACCAACUGUUCCUCCAGCACCUUCUGCAGCAGGCAUGGCCAAACUUGGCCCUCCAGCUGUUUUGGAACUACAGUGGUGCCUCGCAAGACGAAAUUAAUCCGUUCCGCGAGUCUCUUCGUCUUGCGGUUUUUUCGUCUUGCGAAGCACGGCUAUUAGCGGCUUAGCUGCUAUUAACGGCUUAGCGGCUUAGCGGCUUUAAGAAAAAGGAAACAAACUCGCAAGAACUCGCAAGACGUUUCGUCUUGCGAAGCAAGCCUAUAGGGAAAUUCGUCUUGCGGAAUGACUCAAAAAACGCAAAACCCUUUCGUCUAGCGAGUUUUUCGUCUUGCAAGGCAUUCGUCUUGCGGGGCACCACUGUACAGUUCCCAUCAUCCCUGACCACUGGUCCUGUUAGCUAGGGAUGGUGGGAGUUUUAGUCCCAAAACAUCUGGAGGGCCAAGUUUUGCCAUGCAUGUUCUAGAGUAACUAACUUGCCUGCCAAAGACCUCCGGGCCUUGGGCAUUCCCAGGUACACCUUCUAUCCAUAAGCCUUACUUACAGAACUUGAUCCAAAACAGACACAAAACAAUCACAUCCAAAUAGCUGCAUAAAAUCAUGUGCUUAUGCCACCAUAUUCUUGAUUUCCAAUUACUUAGCUUUCCUGACAGACUUCCGUCUUCCUCAAUGCGGGUCUGUCUUAUCUUUUUGUUAAUCUGCUUCUUUGGUCAUUUCCCCAUUUCCUCUGUUAUCUAUAUGCUAUACUUAGAAUCUGUCUUGUAAUUUGCGAAAUUUAAUCAAAGCAUGUCCAGAUUUUGACUUGGGGACAAUGCUUUUUUAAAAAUAUUCUCUAUAAGUUUCCCACUCCUUUUUGAACUUUUGGUUUGGCUGUCUCCUAAUUGUCUCUGUCAUUUUAGCCAAUUCUAGAUAUUCCAAUAAUUUAUCCUGCCAUUCCUCUUUUGUUGGUACUGAUUCUUCUUUCCAUUUUUGGGCAUUCAGUAUUCUCGCUGCUGUUGUAGCAUAUAGAUUCAGAUAUUCUCCUUUUUUCAUUUGGAAUAUCUGAAUCUAAAAUGCCCAAGAGGAAGGCUUCUGGUUUCUUUAUAAAAUUUUGCUUAAACAUUUUUUUUCAAUUCCUCAUAAAUAAUAUCCCAGAAAUUCUUAUUUUUUUGCAGCCCCACCACAUAUGAAACAAUGUCCCUUCUGCCUGUUUACAUCUCCAGCAAGUAUUAGAUCUCAUUUUAUACAUUUUGGCUAGUUUGCUGGGAGUUAUAUACCACCUAUAGAACAUCUUCAAGAAAUUUUCCUUUAGUGUGUAACAGGCCGUAAAUUUCCAUUCUUCGUUCCAUAAUCUUUCCCAUGCUGACAAUUGGAUAUUCUUACCAAAAUCUUUUGCCCACUUAAUCAUUACUUCUUUCACCUCUUCAUCUUUCACCUCCCACUCCAAAAGAAGCUUGCACAUUCUAGAUAUUACUCUUUUCUUAUUUUGUAUUAAUUCUUUAUCUAAUUUUGAUUCUUCUGUUGCAAAACCCUUUUUCCUAUCUGUCUUAAAAACCUCAUUUAAUUGGUAAUAUUAUAGCCAGUCCGUUAGGUGAUGUCUGAUUUUUUUGAAUUUUUUCAUUUUCAAUUGGUUAUCUUCUUCUUCUAAUAGGUCUUUGUAUGUGGCUCAGUUUGUUUCCAUAUUUUUUCUUUUCACUGCAAUCGCCUCCAGAGGGGAGAGCCACCAGGGAGUUUUUAGUUCCAAUAAAUCUUUAUACUUCUCCCAUACCUUAUAUAGUGGCUUCCUUAUGAUAUGAUUCAGGAAGCCUCUAUGAGUUUUAACUUUUUCAUAUCCCAGGUAGGCAUGCCACCCAAAGCAAUUAUCGAAACCUUCCAAAUCUAGUAAAUCUGAGUUCUGCAAUGUCAUCCAUUCUUUUAGCCAACAUAAGCAAGCUGAUUCAUAAUAAAGUUUCAGAUCUGGCAGUGCAAAUCCCCCUCUGUUCUUAUUGUCUAUUAAUAAUUUGUGUUUAAUUCUAGGUUUUUUUGCACUGCCAGAUAAACCUUGAUAUGUCUUUCUGCCAUGUCUUGAAGUUUCCCAUUCCCCCUCUCACCUGGAUCAUCUGAAACAUGAACAUCAUCUUUGGGAGUAUAUUCAUUUUUACUGUGAAUACUCUCCACCAAAGCGACAGGUUCAGCCUGUUCCAUAUUUCUAAAUCCUUUUUAAUUUCCUUCCGUAUCUUUAUAUAAUUAUCGUUGAAUAAAUUGCUAUUUUUAAUUGUAAACCAAAUUCCCAAGUAUUUGACCUCGUUAAUUAUUGUCAGACCUGAAAUUAUUUGCAAUUCUUCUUUCACCCGCGCUUGCAUAUUUUUUUCCAACAGUUUGUUUUUAUUUAUAUUUAUUUUAAAUCCCGCCACCUUCCCAAAUUCAUAAAUUCUUUCUAAAAAAAAUAUUUGUAAACUUUCUGCUGGGUUUUUGGUAGUUAUUAUAAGAUCAUCUGUGAAGGCCUUUAUUUUGUAAGGUUUACUUCCUACUACUAUUCCUUUUAUUUCUGGGUCUUUUCUUAUUGCAAUUGCCAGUGAUUCUAAGACCAUAAUAAACAGAAGAGGUGACAAUAGGCAACCUUGCCUAGUCCCUUUCAUUAUUUUAAAACCUUUUGUUAUUUCAUUAUUUAUAAUCAGUUUUGCUCUCUUAUUUUGUUAUAGUGUCUCUAUGCCUCAGACGCUUAAUUAUCAUACAUUGUUAGUGCGCAUAGAAAGAGUGCAGGAGCAGGGCUUUCAGAAGUAUUUUAGAAUUCCAAUUCCUUUAUGGUAAUCUUUGCUGAGAUCAUUAUAUGGACAGAAAUAAAGCUUAAUUCUCUCUCUCUCUCUCUCUCUCUCUCUGUCUCUCUCUCUCUCUCCCCUCCCUCCCAAAUUCCCUGGACAGAUUGGAAUACUUCAAUAGCAAAUAUCUCCAGAAAUUUUUGCUCCGGGAAUAUGUGCAGCCCAAAUCGAGCAUUGUGCUCCUAUAUGAAAAGCUGGAGAGGAAACAUGCCAUUGAGCUAGCUGAAGCAGGGCAGCUCAUUUGCGGUCCAACCCAUAGCUCAUUGCUGUAAGUGGAUUUUAACAACAACAACAACAACAACAACAACUUAUCCAUCUCAGGAACGUAGCAACCUGCCUUAUCCUGAGUCAGAUCACAGGCUCACCUAGCCAAGUACCCUCUACUUAUUUUUAUUUGUUUAUUUUAUUUAUUACUUUUAUGCCCCACCUUUAUCUUCCAAGGAUCUCAAGGUCGUGUACAUUGUUCUCCUCCUCCCCAUUUCAUCCUCCCAACAUCCCUGUGAGGUAGGUUAGGCUAAGAGAUGGUGACUGGCUCAAGGUCACCCAGUGAGUUUCAGGGCUGAGUGGUUGUUAGACUACAGCUCCUGGCAUCCUUGACCGUAGGCCAUACUGGCUGGGACUGACCGGAGGUCAGCAACAUCUGAUGAAGGGUUGCAGGUUGGUCUACUUGGAUUGCCAGCAGCUCUCCAGGGUCUAGGGCAGAGGUCCCUUUCCCAGCACUGCCCAUACACCAGACCAUUUUCCUAUCAACUUGUUGCCAUAUACAGAGUAUUUUAAUCUUCAUGUGUGCCAGGCUAUUACUCUGCACUUCCUUGCAUGUUAUAAGCAGGUACUGGGGGAGGAGGUAUGGAUGGAUGGAAAGAAAGAUCACUCUGUUUCCAGUUCAUGCCGCUCUGCACAUCAGUGGUAGAACAUCUGUUUUGCAUUCAGAAGGUCCCAAGUUCAACCCCUGGUUUCUCCAUGUAAGCCUGGGAAAAACUCCUAUCUGAACUCAUGGAGAGCUGUUGCCAGUCAGUAUAGACAAGAUGGAACAAUGGUCUGACUCAGUAUACGGCAGCUUCCCAUGUUCCAGUGUCCUGUUUCUGCAUUAAAGGGUGAUUGCAAAUAAAUAACUCCGGAGAGAAAUUCAUAUUUAAAUGCCUACUUCUAAAUGCCUUUUCUCUCAAAACACUGCAUUAAAAAAUGUACUUUGAUAUGUGUUUUGAGUUGAGAACUGUGCUGCAGUGUUUGGCAAAGUACAAAUGCCAAUAGACAGCUAUGUUGCAACCCACACAUGAGUCCCAGAGGUACAAAUCGGAUUGGUUUGUUCUUAAAUUGAGAAAGAUCGAAUGCCUCAAGCAUCCCUUCCGUGUGAAAUGUUGGGGAAAGAACAUAGUUUAGAUGUAGAUAAUAUGUCUUGUAUGCGGAUGAGCCAAGGUCCAAUCCUGCAGUUAAAAGGAACAAGCAGCUUAUUAUUUUGUUAGCAGGUAUCAUGAGCCCCAUGCCCUCUGGACACUUCAGCAGAAGUAACCUGAGUUUUGGAAAAAAUACACAGAGCUGAAGAAGGAUUGUGAAGGGCUGUUGCUUUUCCAGCUUCCUCCUUCAGCUCUGUGUACUUCUCAAGGGAAUAGAAGGCAUACAUACCACUUCAUGAUGCGGGGAAAGGAAUUCCAGAGGCUUUGUGGGCACCAGAGGAGAACUUCCAAGCAUAGCAUCACACCCACAGGAGCUACACUUGGAGACUCACAGGUGCUCAACAACUCUGACUUGGUACAAAGUACCUUCCUGUGCAAUCUUUAAAGAAAACCUGUUUCAGUAGCAAGGCUGCAUAUACACACCAUGCAUUUAAAUGCAGGCUAAACCACAGAGACUAGGGCUUGCCAAUCAGAAGGUCGGCGGUACGAAUCCCCAUGACGGGGUGAGCUCCCAUUGCUCGGUCCCUGUUCCUGCCAACCUAGCAGUUUGAAAGCACGUCAAAGUGCAAGUAGAUAAAUAGGUACCGCUCUGGCGGGAAGGUACACGGCAUUUCCGUGCGCUGCUCUGGUUUGCCAGAAGCGGCUUAGUCAUGCUGGCCACAUGACCCGGAAGCUGUACGCCGGCUCCCUCGGCCAGUAAAGCGAGAUGAGCGCCGCAACCCCAGAGGCAGCCACGACUGGACCUAAUGGUCAGGGGUCCCUUUACCUUUAUUUCCCCCAAAGAACCCUGGGAACUGUACUUUAAUAAAUGGUGUAGUUCCUGCAGGAUUCUGUAAUGGGAAAGAAUACACUUUAAAUGUAAUUUAAAGGGGUAUGUGCAGAAAGACAAGAGUCUCUCUGUGUCCUACAAAGCAUGCUGCAGCAGUAGAACGGAACUCGCUCUCUCCUUCCAGCUUUAAUGUCCAUUUUUGAAGGUCAGUAACCGGUUGUCCUCUUACCUCAUAUAAAGCAUCUUUAUAAUAUUCUAUUUCUCUCUUCCCCGCCCACUGUAGCAACAAUGACAAACACCCCACCACAGUCAAUGACUCGGACAGUCUCAAUCUAGAUGUGGUGGAUGAUAUCCAGAAGAUAUUGGAAAGGAACCUGUACAAAACAAGGAGAACCGUGAGCUUUUUUUCUUUAGUUGAUAGCAAUAGCUGUGUAAACAAAAAUGUGGCUGGGUCUGUCUGAGCCACCAAUGCUAAUUUCCUACAAUUGCCUUAAAGUGACAUUCAUUUCCCCCCAAUGUUGCAUUGUUUGAGGGUACUGUGAGAAACUUAAUGGCGGUUCAGAUAAUGCGACCAUAGGCUAAUGAUGCCACGGCUGCUGCUGCUCAUUUCAGCUCAGUGGUGGUCAGUGCUCACUGGGACUGGUAGGGUAGAAUUCAGGGAGGCCAACAGUAGGUGGCGCCAGAACCAUGGAUAGGUGGAGCCAAGGAUUCUAGUUUUCUCCCCAUCCUCCUCCCUGCUGAAUUAUCCAAGGUUAACACUGAGACCUAGGAGGAGAAAGGGGUCACAGGCAGUGUUGCCACUCCCUGGAGAGGUUGUAAGUAAGAAGGCAGACAGGUGGGGACUGGUAGAGGGCAAACUAAGGUUUCGGGGGGAGUGCUCCAUUCACACUAAUGAACCAGCAUCUACUGCUGCCACUAUCACAAGCACAGUUGCUGUCCACUGUGGUACACCAGCAUAGAAUCAUAGAAUUGUAGAGCCGGAAGGGACCACAAGAGUCAUCUAGUCCAACCCCCUGCAAUGCAGGAAUCUUUUGGAACCUCCCUUGGAAGUGACUUGCAGAAAAGGGUCUCUGAAAAUAGCCUAAGGGUCCUGGCAAGCAUGCCUUGAACUUCUUGGAGAGGUAAAGCAGGAUAUAAAUAUAACAUAUAAUAAAUGAACCAAUCUACAAUGGACAGAUGAGUCGGCUCCGCUGGGUAAAGAAGAAAGAAAGAAGCGUUAGCAAUUAACAUGUCUUGCUUGCAUUGUGUAUUACCAGGUGCCAGCAUACAACAGGCACACUCUGCCUGGAGAAACAGAACCAGUGGAGCAAGCAAAGGAGAUCUUGAUCCUCAGACACAAGAGCUGGCAGAUCCACAUGAACAGAAGUGACUCGGAUCGCUUGAGCAAAGAGGUACAAGCCAGGGUGGGCGCAUUGAAACAGAUUCAAAUUAAGUAAGCUUUAAGGGACGCGGGUGGUGCUGUGGGUUAAACCACAGAGCCUAGGACUUGCCGAUCAGAAGGUUGGCGGUUCGAAUCCCCGCGAUGGGGUGAGCUCCUGUUUCUCGGUCCCUGCUUCUGCCAACCUAGCAGUUCGAAAGCACGUCAAAGUGCAAGUAGAUAAUUAGGUACUGCUCCGGCGGGAAGGUAAACAGCGUUUCCGUGCGCUGCUCUGGUUCGCCAGAAGCAGCUUAGUCAUGCUGGCCACAUGACCCGGAAGCUGUACGCUGGCUCCCUCGGCCAAUAAAGCGAGAUGAGCGCUGCAACCCCAGAGUCGGCCAUAACUGGACCUAAUGAUCAGGGGUCACUUUACCUUUUUUAAGUAAGCUUUUACUCCAGUUACAGUUCUCAGUCCUCCUGACCUUAUGGCAGGGGUGGGGGAACCUUUUUCAUCCUGGGGGGGCCACAUGCCCUGAUGGACAACCUUACAGGGGCUUCAUGGCAGUGGUGCACAGUGCCAGAGGUAAAAGUAGCUAGAGUAGAAAGUGUUCAUCUUACCUUUGUACAUUAUAGCUAUGCAAAAGUCAAGAGGUUUCUGCAUGUACUCCAUCCUCCACAAAGGCAAGCUAAAGCCAUUGUUGCAGUUCAGGGACACAUUUGAGCUUAGCAAAGGCACUUAUGGAGGGCGUGGAGAAUGGCCAUUGAGGGAUGCAGACUGGGGGUAGGUAGUGUAGACUGGGAAGAGUCCUGAGGACCACAGAGAGACACAGGCAUAAAGCUCUCCAGCAGAGAUUUAAAAUAGUAGUAACAAAAACAUGCGGCAAAGUAAAUUGACUCCUUAAAAGGUUUCUUUCCAAAGUUUCCCUCUUUCAUCAGCAUAGGAAAAGACCACAGGUAAGUUAAAAAAACAGUUUACUUACAAACUUCUCAAAAGGUCAGAUUAAUAUGCUUCAGAAAAUUGCACAGGCAUUAAACUUGGCUUAGUUGCAAAGUGGUGACAGUUAUUAAUUAUUGGUAUAGGAACCCAAGAGUGGCUUGUGUGAGCCUUGCGGCAAACCAGCACAAACCACCUCACCUGUAGUCUGCAGUCAUACAAACCAGACACAGGUUUAUUCAUUUGGUGACAAGUCUCAGGAGAAUGUAGCACAAUAUUUCGGUGUGGCUAACUCUCCAUGAUAACUCUUCAGUGACAACCAGGCCCGGUUUCACAUGGGGUGCUAGUCUUCUUCUCACCACAAGAUGGAGCCAUUACAAUUAUUAUGUUUACAAGAAGAAGAAAAACACACAGAAAGAAUCUUGGGAAAACCAUAGGGAAAUAAUUGUAAAUUGUGAAGUAUUAAACAUAAUGGUUAGGAGGGUCAUAUGUAGUUUUAAAAAAAAGUUGGGAGAAUGAAAUGAAAUAUCUUAUUUUGGUUUGUGUUUGUGAAUUAUUUAUUGUGAAUUAUUGUGAAGUUGUUAUCUCGGUCAUUUCUGGUUGUACUGUGAUUUUAAAUUAUUGUAGGCUGCCCUAAAUGGUGCAUGGACAUGGAACAGAUAAAGAAACAAUACUUAUUUUAUAUAAAAAAAUUAAAAGGACUGGCCAACCUAUAAAAAUGUGUGUGUGUGUGUGGACUUAAGCUUAAGGGAGUGGACAGACUUGGUGAAACUACUACAUUUUAUGGGACCCCUUAAACUUGAUUGACUUUGGAAAGAACCAAGGCUUUGGGAGUAGAACAUCUGCUUUGCAUGCAGGGGGUCUGAAAUUCAGUUUCCAGCACCUCCAGGUUGGGCUGGGAGAGACCCCCUUUCUGAAAUUGUGGGGGGCUACUGCCAGUCUGUGUGGACAGUAUUGAGCUAGAUGGACCAAUGUCUUGACUCGGUACUAGGCAGCUUACUGUGUUCCUUGUACACCAGAGUCAGGGUCAAAAGACAGAUAGACAGACAGAAUUAAAGAACAGGGUGCUUCUGUGCACAUUUUGAGUCUGGGAAUUUGCUGUCGGAGUCUGAAGGGAACUUGCACUCCUUUCUGUCACGUCCACUCCCAGUUACACCAAGUCUUCUAAAUUUCACAUGUCCCCUCCAUACAUCAUUUUUAUUGUCCUGUUGCACGCCACCCAAAUCUCUGAGUGGUGGGAGAUUCCAGGGGUUCCAGGCAUUUAACCAGUGUCCGGCUUCCUCGGAAUGAGAGACAGCAGAAACCGCCUUGUCUUCAGGAUAUAUGGUCUAUUGAAACAUAUAUGCAAUGAGCAUCUAUGUAACCUGCUAGAGGGGCUCACAGCAUUAACACUCCAAUAAGGAGUGUUCUUCCAUAGCCACAGCCUUGAAUUUGAACAGGAAUCAAGCAUCUCUCUCCCUCUCAGGUUUCUGUCUGCCUUCUGCUUCUAGUCCAGCUCUCUCUCACACACUUGAACUCCCACCUUUUUCCUUCUAACUACCUACCAGUUUCCUGCCAACCUAGCAGUCCAAAAGCACAUUUAUUGGCUCCCUUGGCCAAUAAAGCGAGAUGAGUGCCACAACCCCAGAGUUGGCCACAACCCCAGAGUUGGACCUAAUGGUCAGCAGUCCCUUUACCUUUACCUUACCUACUAGUUGAGGAAGGCCUCCCCCCCCCCCCCCAUUUGACCAGAGCCACAGAGCCAGUUCCUUUGUUACCCUAUCAACCCAUAUUUUAGGUCAUUACCAAGAAGCCGGUCUGGCUAUUCCAACAAUUUAAUCCUUGCUGGACCCAGGAAUUAGGAGAGUCUCAGGCAUGCAGUCUACCCUCCCCUGCCCCCAAACUCACAAAUAGUACAUUCAUGAUUAUUUGUGCUCACGGUGCACUUGGAGCAGUUAUGCAUUUAGUACUGUACUGUUUUCACCUGCAAAAGUUGUGUGGUGGGGUGCACGGACUACUUUGUUCCUAUUUAGUGUAAGUCUCAUAACUUCCUGCUGAAAUACUGUUAACUUUUUAUACAGUGGUACCUCGGGGUGCGAACGGGAUCCGUUCUGGAGCCCCGUUCGCAUCCAGAAGCAAACGUAACUAGCGACGGCAUGCCUGCGCACGCACGUGCCGCUUUUCGCUACUUCUGCGCAUGCGCGUGAUGUCAUUUUAAGCGUCUGCGCAUGCGCAAGCGGCGAAACCCGGAAGUAAUGCGCUCUGUUACUUCUGGGUUGCUGUGGAGCGCAACUCGAACGCGCUCAACAUGAAGCAUAUUCAAACCAAAGUAUGACUGUACUGCAAAUUUUCCAUUUAUUUAUUUUUUGUCCCACUUUGGUUGUGCUGUCGUGCAAGAGUGCCUUUCCAAAAAACAAUAAUGUUCUCACUUUGGGAAGCAUUGCAGAACAACCAGUGCUUUUUUUCUAGAAAAAUGUUCAGGAGUACUCUCAUUUUGACUCAAAUCAAAAACCACCAUUUUAUAGUUCAAAUUGGGAAAAAUAAAUAUUGUAAAUGGACAAAAGUACAAAGAUUCACAAAAUGUUUAGGGGUACGUGUACCCCCGCAUCCCCCCCCCAGAAAAAAAGCGCAGAGAACAACCAAUAAAGGCCUAUGGGAAGCCUUAUACUAGGCCUUAAACCCUUGGUUCAUCUAGUUCAGUAUUGUCUACACUGACUGGUAGUAGCUCUCCAGGGCUUCAGGCAGGGAACCAUUCUCAGCUCUACCUGGAGAUGUCAGGGACUGAACCUUCUGCAUGCAGAGCAGGUGUUCCACCACUGAACAAAGGCUUCAUGUUUCUUUUUUUCCUACUAGGAAAAAAUAUAUAUUAAGCACCAUAUAGGUAACUCUAUUCCCCCUCCCCAGGAAAGUUUGCAGAAGCUGUGUGGUCUUUAGGUCAGGAAAAUGACAGAAAACAAUCUCUCUCCCAGUGCCACUUCUUUGACCAACACCAGAGUCUCCCUCCUCCUUUAAAUUACCGUAUAUCUAUAGAAAACCCUCAACAACAGUAAAGCCCAGGAGAUCUAAUGACUCACCUUCUGCAUUAUAUCUGCUUUUGGGUCCUAAGUUGAAUAAUUCAUUUUUUUAUUGCUAAAACUAUUACCAUCACACAAAACCAAUUCCAUCUAUACAUACAAAUUUAAUGAAAUCAUACAAAUAACAUAGGACAGGUUUAUUUGAUAUCCUAUUUCUGAUAUUCAGAGGAGACUGCUUCUGCUUAGGCUACCAAAAUGGCAGGGUCCAUGAACAAAAGGGAGGCAUCAGCAGGAUUGUGGGAACUCAAGCGCUUGCUGAAGGACAUAAAAAAGUAUUUAGGAAGAAGAAGCGGUGGAGGGGGGGGGACCCAAGUACAUAUCCUCCAAGUGUCCCGAUUUUCCAGGGACAGUCCCAGAAUUAUGAAAGCAAUCCCUGCUUCUGAUUUCAUCCUGGAAUGCCCCUAUUUCCUUUUGCCACUGAGCUUGAAGAUAAGGAUGAGACAGUGGAGUAAUGCGUGUGUUGUUGUUGUUUUUAAAAAGAAUCACAUAAUCAAGCAAAUAGUUUGCAGGCCAUUAACUAUGUCAAACUGUAUCAAAUGAAUCCAAAUGCUAGAAAUCCCCAACAUUGCAAACCAGUUGCUUUAAAAAAAAAAUAAAAAUCCAACAAAUAAAAUACAUUUCACCAUAAACUUCAGGUUUGAUUAUUUUGCCCAUUGAAAACACCGAGGCAUAGGAAGGUCCCCUUACACUGAAUCAGACUACUGGUCCAUCUAGUAUUGUCAACUCUGUAGGGUUUCAGCUCUGCUUGCAGAUGCCAGGGAUGGAACUUGUGUGCACAGCAAUGAUUCUAUCACUGAGCUAUGGCUGUUUCUCAGUAGAUCUACCCUGAAUAUAUGUAUAUGAAGCUGCUUUUUUGGGUCCCACCAGUGACCCUCUAGCUUUGUAUUGUCUAUGCCGACUUGUAGUGACUCUCCAAAGUUUUGGGCAGGGAUCUCUCACAGUCCUGCUAGGAGAUGCUGGGAAUUGAACAUAGCACCUUUUGCAUGCAAAACAUGCGCUCUACCACUGAGCUAUGGUCCUUCCCCAAACUGGAGCUUAAAGAAAGAAGGGGGAGAAUGACCAAUUCUUGAACAUCCUUUCUACCCUUGAUGACCUUUUCAGCUUGAAGAGACACACGCACACACAUACACAGAGUGUGCUGCUCAGAAACAAUCAAAAUAGGAUUUGGAAGGCUUAUGCCCUGCAUGGUGCCUUGCAUGUGUUUUAUUUUUUGCAAUUGUAUCUCCAUAAAAGUCCUUUUGGGACCUCAUUUGGAUGACCUUCUCAGGAGUCAUUCAACUUCUGUACAACCAUGAAUCCUAUUGUUAUUACAAUUGCAGAGACAUUGAAAAACAAUGGGCAAAGAGCACAGGGUCCCUUUUUACUAGUGAAAAGAAACAAAAGCAAACAUGGAAAAAAUAUGAAUUGGGAAGUAUCCAGACUUAUUUGGCAGCCCUUACUCUGGGCCCUAGCUGCCAGAUCACACAUCCAUCAGAGGCUUACACUCUGCUUUAGAAACAUAGCAGGCAUAUUUAGGCUUUCAAUGUGGGAACAAUAGUUCUUGAGGAAUGCAGAUUAGUGCUUUAGCAAAAGGACAUGGCACUCAUUUGCACGAGUCUCUUGACUAGCAAGCCCUCCACUGGCUUCUCGUCACAGAGCCAAGGAACACCUCUGCAAAGACAGGCCAAGUUUCUGUUCGAUUUUGUGUCGAUUGGCAAAUCUGCUGCUUUCCAGAUUAGGUUGGACAACUGUGUCCAAGGUAGAUUGGACUUUCUGCGUCACCUUAAAAAAUGUAUGAUCUGUAAACAUCACUCCUUGUAAACUGUGAGUCUUGUGUAUUUUUAGAAGUCUUUUUCUUAUCUUGGCGAAAAAGGAAAAUAAAUGGAAAUAGGCUGGGUGGGAGAGUAACAGAUGGCUGUUUGUAUGAUCCAACUUAAUGGUAAUCUUCAGGCAAAUGUAGAAUACUGGAGUUGGAAGGGACCACCAGAUGUUUCUUGGACUUUGCUCUCAUCAGCCCUACGGAGGGACACAGGUUCCCCAUCCUUGCCAUAGAUAAUCAAGCUCCCCAACCUAUCGGAAGCUGGAAUCUCAUCCAAAGCCAUCCAUAUGUACCCUUACUUCCAGCCAUGGAUGUAUUUGGCUACUGUGUUUUGCCGUUUAUGGGGCUGCCUUUGGAAACACACUGAAACUUCAGUGCAUACCUCUGCUAAGACUCUGAAUGGGGAAAAGUAUUUGGAUGAUGUACCCAUGUUGUCAUGCCUGACACGUUGGCAGAGGCAUACCUAGGGUCCCUUGCACCCUUGGCAAGAAGCUGUAUUGGCAUUACCUCCCCAACCCCCAUCACCUUUGUGUCACAUUUGAUCUUGCCACAACAGCAGUGGUUCAUUGCCACACAUUUUUGCCAUACACUGCCUAGUCUGAUAGCUGAUUUUUGUGUGUGUCCCCCUUGGCCUCUGUCUCCAGCAGGGGCUGGUUUUGCUAACCCCUAGGUAUGCCUCUGCACAUUGGCUUUUGGUCCAAUGCAGGUUCAGUGACUGAGGUGAUUUUCUAGAGUUCUAAAAUGUGUGAGGUGCCAGCCUCCAUGGGAACAACAGGCUCACUCCUGAGAUAGUCCGUGUGUCUUGCAUUGAAAUUAAUAAUGGUAAAUUUAUUAUUGUGGACACCCAUCUGUCUCGAGAGACAACAGAGUAUGCCUCUGGGGGUGACGUCAAACUGCUGUGUUAGCAGCGCCAAAGUGACUUCCCUGGGGUGCACGCACACUUAAUACAUCUAGAAGAGUUUUAACAUCACCAGGAAAAGCAAUAUCAGCAGAAUAAAACAAUAUACACAUAAAGCAUAUAAAACAAGCAAUAAAAAACAAUGUUUUAAAGCCUGCAACAGUAAGUCCCCAGCGUACAUUUCAAUUUAAAGGUGUUUGGAUUUUUAAAAAGGGGUUUCUUCAUGCAAAUACAGACCUUCCAAGGACCCCUAUUUUCCAGGAACAGUCCUGGAUUUACAGAAACCAUCCUGGUUUCUGAUUUGAUCCCAGAAUGUCCUGCUUUUCCUUCAGACAUCCCUAUUUUCAUCAGAGAAAUGUGGAGGGUAUGGAGUUGUGAGACCCCCAAGCCAAGGAGAUAAGUAACUAUGCAACCUUUAGAAGACAACUGAAGGCAGCCCUGUAUAGGAUUUUUUUUAAUGUUUCAUGGGUGGUAGAUGAUGAUGAUGAUGAUGUCCCUAUUUUCAUUGGAGAAAUGUUGAAGGGUAUGCAAAAAUGUGCUCUUUCAUAUUGCUGGCAUGUUCCCUUGGAGUCUUCUGUGGGGCAUGCUUAACAGGAAGGUGUGAAACUGUAUAGGUAGAUGCACAACAGACCCAUUUAAGCAUAUUACACUGGGGAUGUGGAACCUGUGGCCCUUCAGAUGUUGCCAAACUACACUCCCACCAUCCCUUAUUAUUGGUCACACCGGUUGGGACUGGUGGGAAAUGGAGUCCCCUAACACAGGAUGAGCUUAUCCAUCCCUAUAUUCAGCCUAUUCUCUUUGAAUGUUUUUUCCAAUGUUCAGUUCCAGUAAUUUUGGGUCUAUUAUUUCUAAAUGGUUAAAGGAUCAGACUGUGAAUUAUGUUCUUUCUUCAUUGCAGAAAGAUGAUUCUUAUUCAUCAGAAGGGGCUGAUGGGACUAACCCCAAACCCAAGUUGUGCAGGUCCCUUACUGGUAAGUUGGAAAACUCUGAGCCUAAUUAUCCCAACACUGGUCCAGUUUGAGUUCCACAUGUUUUCUGUGUGAGAAGAUUUCAGAUUCAUUGAUAGGCCUUGAUGCUGACCCUGACCCUUCUCCUAGCCACCAGAUGCUUUUUGGUAAGUGACAGGAAAAUCGUUCUUGCUGAAAAUGAAAAAGGGCAGUUGCUGGAAACUUCAGGUGGGAAGAGUGCUGUUGUUGCUUGGGUCUUACUUAUGGGUUUCCCAGAGGCAUCUUGUUGGAGGCUGUGUGAGCUAGAUCCACCUUCCUGAUCCAGCAGGCCCUUCUCAGGUUCUUAUGUUCAGAUGCUGGUGUGUGAGUUUGGCAAUGCAAUGGUGUUUUGAUGUUGUUUCACCUCCUUUGACUAAUAAAAGUAUAAUUGCAACAGGUUUUUAUACAUGUAUAUGUAAUGGUUUUGUACUACUACUUAGAAGCCUACUUUGGCAUUAAGUAGUAGUAGUAGUGCGGGACGCGGGUGGCGCUGUGGGUUAAACCACAGAGCCUAGGACUUGCCGAUCAGAAGGUCGGCAGUUUGAAUCCCCACGACGGGGUGAGCUCCCGUUGCUCGGUCCCUGCUCCUGCCAACCUAGCAGUUCAAAAGCACCUCAAAGUGCAAGUAGAUAAAUAGGUACCGCUCCGGCGGGAAGGUAAAGGGUGUUUUCGUGUGCAGCUCUGGUUCACCAGAAGCGGCUUAGUCAUGCUGGCCACAUGGCCCGGAAGCUGUAUGCCGGCUCCCUCGGCCAGUAAAGCGAGAUGAGCGCCGCAACCCCAGAGUCGGCCACGACUGGACCUAAUGGUCAGUGGUCCCUUUACCUUUUACCUUAGUAGUAGUAGUAGUAGCAGCAGUAGUAGUAGUAGUAGUAGUAAUGUUUCUAAUCAGGCACAUAUCUUUCCUUCUUUCCUACAGCCAGGCAUUCUAGAAAAGCCCCGAGUGUGAAAUCUAACAGAUCAAAGUCAGUUGGUUUUAUUAUACCUCUGCAGCCAAGUACUACCCGCUGGGUUAAUGACGAAGAAACUGGGAAAAGGCCAAUUUCAGAAGAGAAGUAA